GGGGGAAUCAAGAGAGAGGUGGGGGGGAAAGAAGCCAGUUUUCAUGUUUGGCAUUCAGGAAAGCAUCCAGAGAAGUGGCAGCAGCAUGAAGGAGGAGCCCCUAAGCAGCGGGAUGAACGCUGUCCGGACCUGGAUGCAAGGAGCCGGGGUGCUGGACGCAAACACAGCCGCCCAGAGUGGUGUGGGGCUGGCCAGGGCACAUUUUGAAAAGCAACCACCAUCCAACCUGAGAAAGUCCAACUUUUUCCACUUUGUCCUGGCUUUGUACGACCGACAGGGGCAGCCCGUGGAAAUAGAAAGGACGGCGUUCGUGGGCUUCGUGGAGAAGGAGAAGGAAACCAGCAGUGAAAAAACUAAUAAUGGAAUACAUUACCGCCUGCAGCUUCUAUAUAGUAAUGGUAUAAGAACAGAACAGGAUUUUUAUGUUCGUUUAAUAGACUCAAUGACAAAACAGGCCAUCGUAUAUGAAGGUCAGGAUAAAAACCCGGAAAUGUGCAGAGUUCUUCUCACGCAUGAGAUUAUGUGCAGUCGCUGCUGUGAUAAGAAAAGCUGCGGGAACAGAAAUGAGACCCCCUCGGACCCGGUGAUCAUUGACAGGUUUUUCCUUAAGUUCUUCCUAAAAUGUAACCAAAAUUGCCUGAAGAAUGCUGGAAACCCCCGUGACAUGCGCAGAUUCCAGGUCGUCGUGUCCACCACGAUUAAUGUUGACGGUCAUGUGCUGGCUGUGUCAGAUAAUAUGUUCGUUCACAACAACUCCAAACACGGAAGACGCGCACGGCGGCUGGAUCCAUCGGACGGAACCCCCUCAUAUCUGGAACAUGCAGCUACGCCGUGUAUCAAAGCAAUCAGUCCGAGCGAAGGAUGGACCACAGGAGGUGCCACGGUUAUCAUUAUAGGAGACAAUUUCUUUGAUGGUCUACAGGUCAUAUUCGGGACCAUGCUGGUAUGGAGUGAGUUGAUAACACCUCACGCCAUUCGAGUACAGACUCCUCCAAGACACAUACCUGGAGUUGUAGAAGUCACAUUAUCCUACAAAUCAAAGCAGUUUUGCAAAGGAACCCCCGGGAGGUUCAUCUACACAGCUUUAAACGAGCCGACCAUUGAUUAUGGAUUCCAGAGGCUGCAGAAAGUGAUCCCCAGGCACCCGGGAGAUCCCGAAAGGCUACCCAAGGAGGUCAUCUUGAAAAGAGCGGCAGAUCUCGUUGAAGCCCUGUACGGGAUGCCCCAUAAUAAUCAGGAAAUCAUAUUGAAGAGAGCGGCCGAUAUCGCUGAAGCUCUUUACAGCGUUCCGAGAAAUCACAGUCAACUUCCGGCCCUUACCAACUCUUCUGUGCAUCCAGGAAUGAUGGGGGUGAACUCCUUCAGUGGACAACUAGCCGUAAAUGUGUCUGAGCCGUCACAAGUGACCAACCAGGGUUUCUCUCGCAACACAAGUAGCGUGUCCCCCCAUAGCUAUGCCCCAAGCACCACUCCCCAGCAGACCAACUACAGCUCAGUCACCACCACCAUGAAUGGCUAUGGCAACAGCGCAAUGACCAACCUCACCGGUUCACCCAGCUUCCUCAACGGCUCAGCCGCCAACUCUCCUUAUGCCAUUGUCCCAUCAAGUCCCACGAUGGCUUCAUCCACCAGCCUUCAGUCCAACUGCAGCAGUUCCUCUGGCAUCUUCUCCUUCUCCCCGGCCAACAUGGUGUCGGCGGUGAAACAGAAGAGCGCCUUUGCCCCGGUGGUCAGACCCCAGGCGUCUCCACCUCCUACCUGUACAAGCGCCAAUGGUACCAGCCUUCAAGACCAAUCUUUUGUGGAUACUGGCAAGUUCCUCAGUGCAGGCUCUCUGCAGGGCUUGGCCUUCUCCUGAACUAUCUCCGGAAUGAUUGUACCUCCCAUGUGAACAAAAAAAACAAAAUGACCUUGCAUCUUAUCUGGGAGGUCCGUCGCUGGAGAAGUUCACCUCUCGAGUCAGGGAAGACCUUCUCUUUCCCGGGAGCCAUUUUAACUCAGGCCUCUGUAUAGAGAAACCACAGAACUGAACAAUAGCAGAAGCUAAUCAGAAGAAAAAAAAGUAAACUUUGUGAUUUUUAGAGAAUGUUUGUCAUAUGGACCAUUGGAAAAGAUCUCCAGAACAUCGUGUGAUGGAACCCUUGGUUGUGUGACUAGAGGAGGAAGGUAUUUGGACAUGUACAUUAAUAUCACCCAAUGCUUGCCUCGAGGCAGUGGGAUUUUGUAGGCAAUUCCCUGGACCCUUCAUCCGGAUGGUCUGUUGACUGGAUUCUUCAUCGUCGUUUGGAUUACGAGAUCUCAGCACGUCCGUUAUAGCCUUGACGGGCAACAAAUGAAGACAUGUCCACUUUUUUUGCAAUGUGUUUUGUACUAUUCCUUUAGAAUGUUUUAGGAUUGAGAUGACUGAGUAUGGAAUGGAAGGAGGUCGGUCGUGACAGAUUUAUCAGGACAUCUCGUAGAUGCGUGAGGAAAGGCUGGGCACCAUAAGGCCAUUCGAUCUUUGCUCAUAGCCUACAUGUCCUCCUGAUUCCUACUGUCCUUCGCUCCUUCCACUUUCAUCUUCUGUUGUCAUGCCCUUUAACACAAUCGCUCUUCAGCGGGUUCAUUGAAGGUUGACAAUGCAGAGUGGAUAUUAUCACAACACUUCCUUACUAAAAACAUCACAAUAUCCCUAUGUUUUAUAGCUUCGGCCCCUUACGUUGUCUUCACCAUCUCGUCAUUUCUAUCGUUACCAGUUUUAUCAUCUCCACGGCUACCUAUUCCUUUUUAACACCCGUGCAUUUCGCUAAAGAACAUUAGCUGACAUUUUUUUUUCCCCCCGGAAUAAUGACCAUUGCAGUCACAGCUACUGAGCUUUGGUAAAUUAAGCACAAAUUCUAAAAUUUGGACAAUGGAAGGGAUCGUAGGUUUUUUUUUUUAUUUCCAUGGUUUCAUUUCUUUUUCUCUUCUAGAGAUAUAUUAAACAUGAUGUGUCCCUUGGGUAAAGAAAGGAGUUAAGGGGGGGAAUUUAUUUUUCCAGAUAUCCUUGCCUUUUUUUUUUUGUUAUUGUGGUUUGGACCUCGUUAUAAAUAAUGUAGAUUAUUUUGUGAGUUUUCUUUUUUUUUGCCAAAGUUUUUGUAUUUGUAUUUAUACAGACAAAAAAAAAAACAUGUCUUUUUGUUCCUGCCAAUAUACAACAAAUGUAAAAAAAAAAAAUAAGAUGCUGCCUCACUCAACAUGAUAGAAAGGGAAGUAAAUGCUAAUGUCUUGUUUUAAGAAAAAAAAAAGAAAAGAAAGAAAAAAAUGGGAAUUUUGUAAAAUAACCAUAUAAAUAAUGUAUUUAUCUCUGGAAUUUGUACAGCCUUCUGCCCAAUUAAUUUUAUUGUGUAUGUUUAACAAUGUGAAAAGUGCCGAUUUUUGUUUAUUUUCUUUUGUUUUUUUGUAUUUUCUUUGGUUUAUGUUGACAAACAAAAAAAGUUAUGUUUUUUUUUUUUUAUUUGACUUUGCUUUACGUUGAAACAAAAUUUCCAUUUCUUUAUCUCCA